AUGACUAUCAAAAAAGUGACUUUUGGAGAAGUACAAAUACUUGGGUAUGCUGAUGCUUAUGAUCGUUCAAUCCAUGAAAAACAACCUUAUGCAGCCGUUAAAAUAUUCAACAAGUUAAGACAAAAUACAUUGGAAAAUAGUUGUUCAUAUUAUAAUAAGGGUAGUUUUUGUCGAAGGAUGAUAUUAAGAGGAUGGUUUGAUGAAAUCGAGUUAGCACAAAUUAUAGAAGAUGAAAAUAUCCUUCCUCAUUAUCGAGUAAAUCAUACUCAACCGGCUUUCAUAACUUUAACAGAUUCUUUUGAAUUUGAAGUGGAGGAAGCAGAUGUCGAAUGGUUGAAUGAUGUUGUUAAAACUAUUGAUGAGCAUUCUAGUAUCGAAAUUAUGAAUUUUCAGCAAUAUAACGAUGAUUUAUCAGUACUUCAGGCCUGUGUUAUUUUCAGAAGAAGUUUAUACGGAGUGAGAGCAAACGAACAAUUACUUUCAGAGAAGCCAAAUUGGGCUGGUAUUACGUGUUAUUGCUUUCCUAUGGAUCCAUGUACUUUGCGACCACUUUUCCUAGACUUAUCAAGGGGAAAGCAUUUAAAAUCCAAUAUCAAAUGCUUCAGAUGUGGACAAAAAGGACAUAUUGUUAAAUAUUGUAUGAAACCUAAAUAUGAUAGGAAUGAAGAAAACAAGAUAUCUCAUAAUUUACAAGUAAAAUCAAAUAAUACUCUGAAAAACAAGAUCAAUAACUCUUUGAACUCGGAUAAAUAUCAGAACAAAAUGUCAUCUAAAGAUUUGAAAAUGAAGGGGCCAAAGCAUUCUUUCUUUGUUAAACCGGCUAGUUUUCCGCGACAUUACAACACAAAACUAUCAGGAUGUAUGGUUUAA